AUGGUAGGUGCUAGGCUGAGUUUUAUCCUUUCUGGCAAGUGUAAUAUAAGCUCUCGCCAAAUUUUUCAGGUUUCUUAUGGUUGCUAGGCUUACAUUGUGUUAUUUUCUAAAGUAAUAGCUUAAAAAUGUUAUUAUUAAUAUAAUAUUUUAGUCCGUCCUCUUUUUGGUCGGUUUUGUGGACGAAAACAAGAAAACGCGAGAAUCGCAUCGUUUCUCGUUGAAUCUGACCGAGAAUCCUCAUGUCCAGACGAUUGAAGAUGGCUUUGAUGUGUUGAGAGAGCAGCACAAGGUUAUCAAGUAUGUGGAAGUAAAGGACAACAUGUUUCACGUAAGUUUUUUCUUGUUUUUUAUUGAAUUUAGGUGAAACAUGACGUUCUGUCAUGGAUAAUAAAUUUUUUGGCUGAUCUUAUGUUUUUGACUGAAAAUUAAUGUUGCUGUAGCUUAAAAAUGGUGCUAUAGACCUUUUUUUUGAUAAAGGAUAGAUUCGGCCUGCUUUUCGCAUGAUUAUAAGUGAAACAUUAGGUUCCAUCAUGGAUAAUAUAAUUUUUGGCUGGUUUUAAGCUUCUGUCCGGAAAUUCACACUGCGUUAGCUUAAGCCUGAUCUGCCAGAUAUUUUUUUAACAAUAUGGACAGGAUUUGACUCUAUUUUCCUUGUUUCUAAGAAAAACAUAAGUUCCGUCAUGAAUAAUAUAAUUUUUGGCUGAUCUUAAGCUUUUGACUGGAAAAUUAACGUUCUAUUAGAUUGGAAUUGGUGUAAUAAACAUUUUUUAUCAAUACCGAUAAAAUUUGGCUUGAUUUUUUCUUGAUUGUAUGAGAAACAGGUUCCGUCAUGGAUAAUAUAAUUUUUAGCGUGUUUGGCUAAAAAAUGCGUUUUUACUUGUUUAAAAGUAGUGUUUUAGGCCGAUGGACGCAAAUACAGAGGAGACUUUAUGAUCUCGGGUGGAAACGUGUACAAAGCCUACAUUGACGUGGAUUCGGCGGCCUUUGAAGAUGAGAACUCUAAGGAUGUAAGUGUUACAAUUUUUUUAUUUUAGAUAGGCCGAUUUUUUUGAAAUUGAUAAAAUAUUUUAAUAGUAAUUUAGCUUUUUUUAUCAGCCAGAUGUGAUAACGACGGCAAAUUUCGCAUUUUUGUUACCUAAAUCAACGAAAACCUCAAUUUUGUUUCAGGAUUUCGUAGUGUACAUUGCUGGCCAGUUCGACGGUGGUAAACAACUCAAAAUGCUUGCAUUCACGUCCGAGCUGAAAGGAAGAACCAUUCGUUAUCUGGUCGAACUCGGCCUUCACAAGGGCGUCCUACCUGAAUAUCCACGAACCGUGAACGAAUACAGUAUGAUCACACGCCAGCUAGUCGAAAUUGACGGUCUAGAUAGACCACUGAACAAUAAUUGCUUCUACAUUGGGUCGUGUAGUGAGCGUCACGCUUCCGGCAACCUGAAAGACUAUGUGCGUGGUCAUGGUGAUAUUACAGGAGCGCUUGGUCCUUCUGGCGAUGGAAAUUGGCCUCUGAAUGCGGCUGGAGCUGAAGUUGGAUCAGUGGACGGUUUUGGUGAUCAACUAAGGGGUGUGAAGAGCUCUGGAAACAAAGACGAAAAGGUCUUUUACUUUGUUGAGGGCCAAGACGUGGGAGAUGAGACGAUCGACGAGUCACAGCUCGAUGGCGAGCUUAUCUAUAUUUAA